UCGACUGACUAAACACUAUUAUAGACCGUAGUCGCUAUAUAGUAUGUAUUGCGGUUCGCCGGGAGGCCCGAUAAUGGGUAGAUUAUUUUGCGUUCUUAGAAUGUUUUUAUUGCUCUUCACAACGUCGUUCCCUGAUAAUAACGAUUGUUUCGAGUCCACCAAACGUGCGCGUCAAUUAAGACGACUAAUAAUUACACCGAUGUCCAAUUACGCUUCGACUGCUACGACAGUGCUAUGGAAUAGUAAUAUACCCUUUAUCUAACAAUAAUAACAUAUUAUUAUUGAAUUAUUAUGCAUUUGUGAUAAAAAUUUACUGCAGCUGAUUUCUCAAUAAAUUCUUACUGUACCAAAUUAUUGAUAAUAAAUAAUAUUUAUUGCCCUAGUGUUAAGUAGUGCUGUUUUGUGUCCUAAGUCUUAAUUAAUCUAGUAUCCACCGAGGGGACGUUCCGAAACGAUGGUGAAAACUCUAAACACCAAGUUGAACUUCUAUCAUUAAAUCGGAAACUCCGCUUCGAAUGAAACAACAGCCUGACAGGUGUCGGUUGGACGACAAGAGCACAAAUUUAUUGAUAUUCGAUGAUCAACGUUUAUAGUAUGGACAAUGAAACAAAUCUCGGAAAGUCACUAGCAUCAAACCAAGAUUGUUUACCAAAUAGCUCAUCCAGUUUGUCAAAAUCAGAUGUCAUGUCUGGGAAUCAAAUGAUUGAUAACUGGUUGGGUCUAAGUGUACAUUGCACAACCUCUAUUGAAGAUUUUUGUGAUGGAGAUUUGGAGCAACCAGACACAGAUCCAUCGCCAUCAACUUCUGGACUGACGUAUGAUUUAACAGCAUUUCCAAAAACAACAUCAGCAAUGACUAUGUUUUAUCCACACUUAAAUGGUUAUGACAUUCACCCAUUGCUUUUAAAUCAAAAACGACGUAAUCAAAUGGAAUCAUCAUUCAUAGAUCCAUUGAAUUUACCACCACAUCCUCUUAUGCCUGAUGUCCCGCGUCAAAUGAUUCAUAAAAAUAAGGCACGUCCAAAAAUAUCUCACAGGCGAUCCGAUUUUACAAACAUCCAGUCAUCAAAUUUUGAACAACCAUUAAUCGUCGAUACAGAAAAAUAUCAGCGUAAAUCAUUUUAUUGUGUGGCAUGUAGUAAAACGUUUAAAUUUCAAACAUCAUUGUUACGACACAAUAACAAGGUACACAUUAGUAAGUACCAAUGUCAAUCAUGUCAUCGUGUGUUUUCAAGGCAGGCAUAUCUUGAUGUGCACACAUCUAAACAGGGAAGUUCAUGUUACCUGGGUAAUGGGUAUGCCAUUGCAAAGUCAAAAAAAUAAUUGUUUUCUUUGAGGAAGAUAGAGUUGUUUAACCAAAAAUAAUAUAAUACUUAUAGGGUAGAAUAAGUUCAAAUCUUCACUUGAGAAGUUAGCCUCAGAAAUAAAUGAAAAAUUUGUUACGAGUUUACUUUUUUUGUUUGCUAUAUUUAUUG